GACAUUAUUUUUUCUCGACUUUGCCCGAAUGUUUCUGUUUUAUCUAACACUCCUGAUCCUGGCCUACUCCGUGGAGCAGUCCUUGGCUCACGGUCCCGCCACUGCUCUGAGCUUUGGCAACGAUCUCCAGAGCUACAUGAUGCUGCAACUGGACAUGGAACCGGUAAAGGAAGCCAUUUCGAUAUGUUCAUGGAUCAACAAGAAAACAGCUGAUAGUGUUCAUGAUGCCUGGUUCACGUACAAUGCACCUUCCAGGAUUCAUGAGAUCAUAAUUGCAGGCAAGAUAAGCGGCUGGGCUUACAUGAACCAGGAUCAUAUACAGAACAGCCAGGCCGUCCCUUCAGACGAAUGGCACCACGUCUGCAUUACAUAUGGGCAUGAAACUAAGACCAGGGUACUAUAUUUUGAUGGUGAGGCAAUAGCACAGGAAGAAUCUGGUGACGUAAAACUGACUGUGGGAGGAACAAUCGCUAUAGGACAGUACCACAAGACAGCAACAAUGGAGGCUUCAUUCAACAACCAUCCAUUUGGAGGUGAACUCCUAAAGCUGAAUGUCUACAAAAGGCAACUGGAAGCUGGGGAAGUAGGAGAGAUGUUCUCCUCGGGGAUGUGCUCUGACUUUGAGGAUUCUCUUAUAGCAGAUGCUUUCCUGCGGUGGGAGACCAUCCUUUAUGCUACUGAGAGGCACGGAACGAUCACUGAAGUGCCGAUUACAUGCCCCGGAGAUCACUGGAAUGUGCUCUACUUCACAGACUUUUACAAUAAGGUUGUGGACGAUGAGAUUCUGAAGAAGAUGGAGGACCAAUUCGACGUUCUCCAAGAAUUUCUGGGCCACAAAAUAGACGACCCUCUCAUCCGGCAUCUCAGAAAUCACCACUAGAGGGACAGUACAUCCAGAGGGGAAUAAUGUUUCGGAACUUUUUAUCUUUAGGCAACGGACAUGAAUAGUUUCUUGACAUUAAAGCGUUGAACAUCCAUUGUUUCUCGGGCAAAUAUUUGUAAUUUUGAAAAAUUUAAACUUCAGCAUGA